UUAGUAUGAACUGUGUGAAAUAAGAGUAUCAACGUUUUGAUUAUCGCUAAUCUGUGAUGAGAAACUUAAUUUUCGAGGAAAACAUGUGCGAGAUGAGUGACACUGACGAAAACGAUAACGGGGAUGAUCGAUCUGUACGAUACGAUUUUCGUACCGUUAAUCCCCAUCAAACGAUUGUGAAUCUGCGACAAUCGUUAAGAGAUAAAAUUAGCAAAAACGAGAUGUUUUAUAGUUUCGAAAUUGUUUCUACGAGGAAACCCGGUGCAUUUUACCGAAGGCUUCUAAUAGAUAUGGAAGAAUAUUCGCCUCUCUUUUAUGCAUUAACAUGGCAUAAUGAAGCAGCUUCCAGCAAAGAUAGUUAUCUACCAUUGGACUUGGUGAAGAAUUUUCCAUCCAAUACUCUUCUACAUCUCGCGGCUAAAGGUUUGAAACGCGAUGAAGUUCUCCUUAUUCUAAGAAAGGCUCUCGCCUUCGGAAUAAUUAAUAUAUUUGCAUUGCAAGGAGAUUCAUUAUCCGAGAACGGUGACUUUGAACAUGCAGCGGAUUUGGUCGCUUUUAUCAGAAAGCAGUUUGGCGAUACAUUUUGCGUAUGCGUGGCGGGUUAUCCACAAAUGCACCCGGAAUCGCCUUCCAAGGAACUUGACUUGCAUUAUCUAAAAGCGAAAGUGGAGGCCGGAGCGAAUUUUAUCAUAACGCAAAUAUGUUUUGAAUCGCAAGUUCUGAUAAACUUCGUGAGAGAUUGUCGAGAAAUCGGAAUUCAAAUUCCAAUUCUAUUCGGAAUUCUUGCGCCGGCAAGUUACGCCUGUUUAGAAAAAAUGGCGAAUAUCUGCAAGCUCGAGGUGCCGAUUAAAAUUAAGAAUGACUUGGCACAAAUGAAGGACGACGAUGAAGCGGCAAAGAAAUAUUCGGUAGAUUUAAUAGUUCAGAUAAUUACAGACGUGAUUAGGAGCGGGACUACAUGUGGUUUUCAUUUGUUCACGUUAAAUAGAUUGUCGUUAGUGGCGGAAAUAUGCAAACGUGUGAAAUAUCUUAAAACGGAAAACCCGCAGCAAAAGUCUGUCAUGCUCUGAUUUAUGUUCCAGGAAAAUCAUAAGUCAAGUAGGAAAGAAAGAUCUUUUGAAUUAAUUUUGUACGAAGCGAAAUAAAAUAAAUUAUACAUA